CCCAAACAUCUCAAGGUGUACUCAUCGCGUUGAAGAUGGCGACAAUUUGAGAUGGAGGAUGCAUUCUCCAACAAAAUGCAAUGGAUUAUUUUUGACCAGGAGAUGAGGGGCAAUUUGCGCCCCUCUUUUGCAACUCACCACACAGCCAUACUGCAAAAGUGACAUUGGGAAUUAGGAGAAAUUGGAAAGCCACCCUAUUUCCCCACCUUUUUCCCCCCUCCAAAAUAUGAUCAGGGGUGCUUGGAUGUGUAAUGCCGUCUUGAAAAUCUGUUUUGCACCCACAGCGAACGAGAAACCCUGCGUCGAUACACAGAGGGCAGAGAGAUGGCCAAUGUCUUUAGCGUCUCGGCUUAUUUUCGCCCUGGUCUUGUCUGAUUAUUUUUGCACUUGUGCUGGUGCGAGAUUGAGGAGCGGGGAAACGGCGGGGAGAAUCUGGAGUGACCCCUCGGGGAGUCGUAACCUGGCCACAUCACACGCGGGGGAUCAGAGACAGGGGAGCGGUCACUGUGAUCCCUCGCUAACCAAUUUGACUGGACCUGUCGAAGACUUGGAAUCAGUCUGUCGAUUUCCCAAGGGUUUGGAACGCGCUUGCCUGUGGUCUUAUUUCAGUCAUUUUAGGCUCUCUUUUUGCCACUCUUACACCGUUGCUGAUCUUUUGCGAGAAUAUGUCAACCCGAACGGGUUAAACUGCAGUUUGGAUAUGCGGAUUAGAGAUGAUGGAGAGGCCCUGUCUGUCUGCAGCGAGUGUAUCAGGGCUUAUCAGAUGGAGGACCAACAUGCUCAGGAAAAAUUUGAGGAAUUCGAGUUACUGCUACACAAGUACAUGGAAUCGGGCUACUCGGUCAGAUCUUGUCCAAGCGACUGUAUGGCAGUCUACAAAGCAUGGCUGUGUUCGGAGUAUUUCAAAGCCUCACAACUUCUGUGUCCUCGCAGGAUUCCUUGUAAGCAAUACUGCCUGGAAGUCCAGGCCCGAUGUCCAUUUAUUCUACCAGACAACGAUGAUCUAAUCUAUGGCGGGUUGCCAAGCUUCAUCUGCACAGGGCUACUGGAAAACCAUAUAACCAAUGCAGAGCCAGAAUGCUGUGAUGUCAGAUGGAAUACCUGUGAUCCAUCCUGGGAUAAAGGUUACAAUAUAUCUACCAAAUCCAUGGACUCCCUGUUGCAUCAUAAGUCUUCACUGCCCGUUUCAGCAGCACCUCGACUGUGCAACAGCAGACUCAAGCUGUGUGUUUUGGUAUUAAUUCUUCUACACACUGUGGUGACAUUUUCUGGGUUUCAGAACAAUAGCAGAGUUGGCAUGGAGACAGUAAGUGCACUGGAUGACAGUUCUGCGAGUGAAGAGUAGAAAAAGAUGUCUUCUUCCUUUCUUUUUUUGUUUCAACAGUUCGUACAGGGCCAUGGUACUGAACAGCAAAGAAGCUCGAGGAGUUUACAGAAGACCACCUAAUCAAAGAGUUGGGCUGCGGGCAGCCAUGUGUUACAGUGCACAGCAAGGCUUAGAAGAAAACAAAUCUGGCCAUGGCAGAUCCAGAAAUGCUUAUCUGCUCUGAUAAGGAAAGAUGGUUUAAAAUGUUAACUGAUACAACAAGGGUAAAAUUAAUUUGGGAAAAGCAUAGCUGUCUCUGGGACAGAUACUAGAAAUAGACAGUAAAUCUAACUCCAUCUGUUCCACACGCCACUAAGAAGGUUUAGGAUGUAUAGGCGCACUGAACAAUUUCAUUACAAGAUUUUUUUUCUUUUGCCUUCUCAAUUUGUAAGCAAGCUAAACUCUAAUACGGUAGCCUUCAACAAGUUCUUUGUGGUGUUUACUCCUACAAACACAACUUAGUUGUCCCAGGGACAGAUAGCAAUAAUCCUGUGCUUGAACCAAGAAUGUUUUGCAUAUGUCAGGAAGUUGGAUAAGUGUCUGAAUCCCUGAAUCCCCAAACAACUCUGGUAAUAUUUC